AUGAAUCCGACCGUCGUCGCUGUCGAAGCCCCUCCGCUCUCCAUGGCGCCGGACGUAUCGCUGCCCGUCAGGAACGCCGCCAAGGAAACCGCCGAGGGCAUCCUCUACGGUUCUAUUGCCGGCAUCGUCGGAAAAUACAUCGAGUACCCCUUCGACACCGUCAAGGUCCGCCUCCAGAGCCAGCCCGACCGACUGCCCCUCCGCUACCAGGGCCCGCUCGACUGCUUCCGCCAGUCCCUGCGCGCCGAUGGCUUCCUCGGCCUGUACCGCGGCAUCAGCGCGCCGCUCGUCGGCGCCGCCGCCGAGACCUCGAGCCUCUUCAUCUUCGAGUCGCUCGGCCGCGAGAUUCUCUACGCCACCGGCCUCGCCCCCCGCGACCGGCCGUUGUCCCUGCCCGCGCUCUACACCACCGGCGCCUUCGCCGGUGCCCUCGCCUCCUUCGUCCUGACGCCGAUUGAGCUCGUCAAGUGCAAGAUCCAGGUGCCCACCGGCGGCGGUGGAGCCGGCCUAAAACCGCUCGCCGUCGUCCGCGACGUCUUCCGACAUGACGGCCUGCGCGGCUUCUGGCACGGCCAGAUGGGCACGUUGAUCCGCGAGUCGGGCGGCUCCGCGGCCUGGUUCGGCGCCAAGGAGACGGUCACGGCCGCCUUUUACAGCCUGGCGGUGAAGAAGGCGGCGACGCCGGCGGAGCGGGAGCGCAUCCGCGCCACGCCGUUGCCGCUGUGGCAGCAAGCCGUCGCCGGCGCCUCGGCGGGCGUCUCGUACAACUUCCUCUUCUUCCCCGCCGACACCAUCAAGUCGCGCAUGCAGACGUCGCCGCUGGGGACGCCCGGCCAGAAACCGUCCUUUUGGGCUGAGGGGUCGGCCAUCUGGCGCCAGUCGGGCCUCCGUGGGCUCUAUCGUGGUUGCGGCAUUACCUGUCUGCGGUCCGCGCCCAGCUCCGCGUUCAUCUUCAUGGUCUUUGACGGACUCAAGAGGCAUUUCCCUAUGUAA